CGACUCAACGAAUAAACCCAAACAGAGUCAAUCAAACACCUCUUCUUCUGCUUCUUUGACAUGUUUCCACCAAAUGGCAUCAUAUGUCAGGUUCUCCACCACAAUCUUUUUCUGCUUCUUCUUAUCUCUCUCUUCAAGUCAGAAAGUCACCUUGAGUCUCUACUACGAAGCUCUAUGCCCCUUUUGUGCAGAUUUCAUCGUUAACCACUUGCCUCAGAUCUUCCAAAACGGCUUAAUCUCAUCCAUUGAUCUCCACCUCGUUCCAUGGGGUAACACCCUUUUCCAACCAGAUGGCACCAUUCUCUGCCAGCACGGGGAAGCUGAAUGUGCGCUCAAUGCUAUUCAUGCCUGUGCAAUUAACGCAUACCCUGAUGUUAUGAAGCAUGUUGGAUACAUCUACUGUACCGAACGACUGGUCUUGGAAAACAAGCUCGAACAAUGGGCUGAUUGUUUCGAAUUGGUUGGUUUGAGCAGAGCAGCCCUUGAUUGCUACAUCAAUGGGUACGGACACCAGCUUGAACUGAAGUAUGCUGAAGAAACCUCAGAGCUUAAUCCAGCACAUACUUUUGUGCCAUGGGUGGUUGUGAACAACCAACCACUUCAAGAGAACUAUCAGAACUUUGUAAUGUAUGUAUGCAAUGCUUAUGGGAGCAACCAGGUGCCAGAAGCGUGCAUGAACCUCAACCAUUCAUUGGAGACUCUAAGCACGGUUAAUAGUUCAGUAGAGAAGCUAAGUUAUAGUCACCAAGUUUGCUAUGCCAAUCAAUAACAUUUUGAAUCCAAAAACCCAUAGAAUCUCUAUCUAGGACAAUGAAAUGUUUGUGAGAUCUUCUUACCCUUCACAAAUCUGCUCCACUAAAAUUUUCUUCUACAACAUGUAACUGAUGAUUUUCAAAAAUAAUAUACAGUGCACUCUUCUUGAA